AUCUCAGAUAAGGCCGCUAACAUCAUGAGUGACACAGGAAGCCUAAUCAGUGACGUCCACAAGCCCAGUGCCAGAACCAUCUAUGAACAAAGGAAGAAGUAUUCCAACGUCAUCAUGGCGGAUGUCUCCCAGUAUGCUGUCCAUCACCUGGUGACCUUCUCCAUUGGGGAAGAGGACGACUUGGCAUCUGUGGAGGAUGCUACCAGGAAACUGUCCAUCAUGGAUGCCCAAGGGAAGAUCUGGGUUCAGGAGAUGUUGCUUCAGGUCAAUGGAUCGGCCGUCAAGCUCUUCGACGUAGAGUCAAAGGAGGAGCUGGAGAACUACGGAUUGGCAUCUGUGGAGCGUUGCGAGGCUGUCAAACCCGAGUCCCGGACCCGGUCCUUGCUUCUGCUUGUGUGCCAGGAACCCCACCAGCUCAAACCAGACGUCCACUUCUUUGAGUGUGACCACAUUGGGGCAGAACUCAUCCGGCAGGACAUCAACAGCGCUCUGUUGGACUUCAAGUCAGGGGGGAAUGCACAGCGGAAGGAAGCGCUCAGAGCUACCCAGAACUGGCUUGGCAGCCAGGAAAACAACCUGGACAAGUCCCUCCCUGCACCUCCUCGCCAGGUGCCUUCCAGGACCAAGGUCAUUGCACCAGAGCAAACAGAGGACGACAUCUUGGCCAUUGAGAAUAAACUGACCUUUGUCCGUGCGGAGCGUGAUGUGGAGCUGUUGAACAGGGUUUUCGACGAUGUAGAAGCCUUUGUGGGGAAGCUGCAGAAGUCUGCUGAAGCUUUCCGCGUGCUGGAUCAACGCAAGCACUCCGCGAGGGGACGUCGCCGUCAGCCAGGCGAGGGGCUCCUGACCAUCCGAGCUCGGCCCCCUACCCAAGAGGAGUUUGAAGACACUCUGGCCAAGAUUAAAUAUUCCUUCAGCCUUCUGGCAAGACUGAAGAAUAACAUCACAAAACCUUCCUCGGAGGAGCUGAUACAUUUCCUCUUCAGUCCCUUGAAGAUGAUUGUGGAGACUUCUGGGGGACCAGCAUUUGCUUCCGAGUUGCGCAAUCCCCUGCUGACCCUGGAGGCAGUCACCCUGAUGCGAGGUUGCUUGGAGGAAGAGGAUGCCAAGCUGUGGUAUUCACUGGGCGAAAACUGGACCAGGCCAAGAGUGGACUUCCCCAGGGACUAUGCAACUCCUUACACCCCAGCGUUCCGGAGUGGCUGGCAGCCACCACGCCUGGACCCUUCUGGGCAGCCUUGGGAAGACCCAGUGGAGAUGCAACACCGACACGAACAACGUCGCGCCCAGCAAUCAGCUCCUACAAUUGCAGCCAAUGGACACAGACACCCACAGAGCAAGUCAAUGAUCUGCACGCAUGAAUUCUUAGCCAGAAACAGCAAUGAAUUAUCAGUCCUUCAAGGGGACAUGUUGGAGGUUCUGGAUGACAGCAAAAAAUGGUGGAAAGUUCAAAACCGCUACGGUCAAAUUGGCUAUGUCCCUUAUAAUAUUCUUACCCCUGUUCUCAUUGGAGAUGAUUCCAGCACCCAGAACAACAAGACAACUGUGCAGAUCAAUGGAACCAGUCCUAUGAUAACCAAGAAAACUCCACCCCAGCCGCCACCAAAGGCCAAAGUUCUGUACUCAAAUGGCAAAAAAUGGAACAGCACUGAGGGGCUUGACCUGAGUGAGCGAGACCGCUUCAGCACUGUCAACGAGGAGCUCGCCCUGAGGUUGGCCAAUGGGUCAAAUGGCCGUACCAAGACCCUUCAUAUCCAGCGUGCUCCAGACACCACCGUGCCUUUAGAAUACGAUUCAGAUACUGCUCAAGUCCGGACGUGGCUAGAGGCCAAAGGGUUCAGCCCAUUGACUGUAAAUGCAUUUGGAGUUCUGAAUGGAGCUCAGCUGUUCUCCCUGCAGAAGGAUGAGUUCAAAGCUGUCAGCUCGGAGGAAGGAGCUCGGGUCUACAGCCAGGUCACCGUCCAGAGAGCCCUCUUGGAGGAUUCUAGAAAAACAUCAGAGCUAGAAGCUGUGAUGGAGAAACGAAAAAGGAAAGUGGAAGGUUUGCCCUGA